GUUAGUAGGAACAAAAAUGAUUUAGAAGCUCCAUGGUUCCAUGGUGAUAUCUCAAGAGAUGAAAUUAAUGAUUUGUUGAUGGGCACACCUGAUGGCACGUUCAUUGUGAGGCACUCAACCACCAAGGAUGAGAACGAACCUUACACUCUGACGUUAAGGAAAGGUGGCGCCAACAAAUUAAUAAAAAUCUGUCAGAAGAAUGGCUACUGGUACUUAUCGGCUUCCACACAAUUUGCUUCAGUGUACGAAUUGAUAGAGCAUUAUACUAAGCACUCCCUUGUUCACUUCAACGACAGUUUGGACAUCACUUUACAAUACCCACUU